UCAAUCAAAAAGUAAAACGUCAUUUUUCGAAAACAUGAACGUUCACGCGAUCGUGUUUAUUUUAGUUUAUUUUUGUAGCUAGUUUAUUUUGUAAGGUUAUACAAUGGCGGAGAAGAAGAACGAGUACCCUCCGAGCGUGGAGGCUGAUCGCAGACUCCUCCCGUUCGAGAGCUGGGAGGACUAUCUAGAUUCCCUCAUUGAGAUAGCUGAUCUCCGAAACCUUAGGAGUAUUGUAUCGGCGCGGACCAUUGCUGCACUUGGUUACAGAGCAAAUGGCGACACCCUUAGUGAAAAAGAGUUUUACACCCGUCGAGCAGUGAUCUACAACGUGGUGUACCCCUCUCCCAAAGCGUACACGUUGGUCAGCGAGGGGGCUGAUUUAGAUGACGCGUUUAUUAGAGAGCUUGCCGUCAGAGAGCGAGCCAACAGGGUCGGAAUAUUACAGACGAUAAUUUUCAUUCGACACUUCACAAAAGGUGGUUUUGAAAUCUCUGGUUACAUAGACUACGCGCAUAGACUGCUUUCAGAGAAUUGGACUACAUUCUUCAAGGGGAAAAAACAGUUGUGGCCCACUGAAAAUGAUUUGGGAUAUUAUCAUUGGAGACACGGCACUGUCAGAAGUAACAUAAGUAGAAACUAUAAGCCCCUUAUGGAUCCAGACAAAGGGUUACUAUUCCAAAACCGUCAUGACCACAAAAUAGUGUGCCCUGACCCGGAGCAGGACCCUGGGCAAAACACAACCAAGUCUCGUCUUUACUCGGAGAGGUACACGCAAAUAGAGGUCUACGACCACGUAGUCAGGCGGAAGAGCUAACUAGCCAAAUAUGCUUCACGGAUCAGCUGCAAUUUUCACUUCUGAGUUGAUUAUAUUUUGAGCGCUAGAUGGUAUCGCGCUGCAAAAGAAAAAAAUAAAUAAAAUUCGCGCGAAAUCAACCGAGAUGUUUCCACGAAUUUUCAUAUUCGCGACUUUCAUCUGAUGUUUUAUACACAAAACGUAAUAAUCACCUCUCGUUUACCACGAACAGAUCAAAGUAAAACCACAGUAAAACUGAUUUUCGAAAGCCCUUGAAAAUUGAAGUCCCCGUCAUACGGAGCUGAUUCUAAAUUAAAAUGUUAAUUAGGUCUUGGAAUUGCAAAUGAUUGACUUGAAUAAUUAUGUGGAGGAAACAAAAAACAAAAUAUUAUC